UCUUGUCUGUCAAAACGUGUAAAUAGAAAUUAAAAUUUACUUUUGUUUUUACUUUGUCGUCGUGUCGAAAAUUAUUAAUAUUUAUUGUAGUUACUGUUAAAGAAGUGUAUUGAACUUUUUCCCUGACAUUAGAAUUUAGAUAUGGGUAUUGAUACCAUGCGUCGAUGGCCCAUGUAUAUUUUGUUUGCUGUAUGCAUCCUACUGUUCCUUUCACUCUUCAAUAGCUGGACCUUAGAAGGAGAGAUGCGAUUAAGAAUCUCUGAAAUGAGUUCACAGCUCCAGGAGUGUUCAAAACAACAAUCUUCUUGCGUUGCUGAUUCUUUAACAUUGAUGGAGCAAAGAAACACUUACAUGGAAAAAGUGCAAAAUUUAGACAAAGGCAAAGAAAAACUAGCCAAUGACAUAUUAAUGACAAAGAACAAGCUGAAAAGAACAGAAGGACAGGUAAACACAACGCAAGUUGAGCUACAAAUGUGUACAACAGAGCUGCAGUCUUUUAAAAACCUGCAAAUUACUAUGACUGCUACAAUUGAGACGUUGAGGUUAGAAAACUCACAGUUAGUGGAGAAGAAGCAAAAAAUUGUGGAAUUAGAGAAAGAGAUUGAGAAAUUAAAGACUGCAUUAACAACAAAGGCAGCUCCAUUACCUCCAUUGAAGAUUACGCCAGCGGCACAGCCAAUGAAGCAAAGUCCUGCUUUAGAUAAUAACAACUUGGUGGAAAAACCAGCAGUAGAAAUGAAAAAAUUAGCAGAGCAACCCCCUUUAGAAAGCAAUAAUGCUGUGGAACACCCAGCAUUGGACAGCAAUGACCAAGGGGAUCAAGGGGGCUUAGACAAUAACAAUGUAGCACUAGAAGAUAAUAAUGCAAAUGAGGAACUUGACACAAACAUUAAUGAUCAGGGUGUUGAUCCACAAUUUCAGUAAAUUCAUUUAAAAAACUGAUUGUGAUUGUGACCUCUUGUGAUAUGGUCGCCAUAUUCAAUUAAAUAUGAUAUUAUUUUUAUUUCUAUAGUAUUCGGCUAUUUAUAAGAGAUAGGAUAAAGCAUCAUUUAUGAAAUUUGGUGAGAACUAGGUUUUUUAAUUCAGAUAUUUUGUUGUAUUAAAUUCAUGUAAAACCAGUCUUUAUUAGUAGCUUCUUAGGGUGUGAUAUGUAUUAAAGUAACAAAGUCACAAAAUUAUUUUUGUAAUUGCAAACUCAUCAUCAUGCAAUAAUUUUUUUUUAUUUAAAAAUUACCUACAAUUUAAUAAAAAAAAUAAGUCAAUAAUUGCAUCUCCAAUGGUACCCGCCUCAAAGGUACCCAUCACACUAGCUGCAUUUACUCUUUUGGCUGGCUGUAGAUAUGCUCUGAACCAGGUACCAUAUGGAGCAGUGGUCCUCGUCAUACUUAGUUGUCUGGUGGACAUACUUACAUAGUAAACUGCUGAAGUAAAGUGUCUUUGCUAUUUUCGGUUAAAAAGAAUGGCUGGUCUGUAGUAGUAUUAGCUAGUAAUUACAAAAUUUGGUGAAUGCCUUACCUACCUACCUAUAUUUAUGAUUAAAGGCAACUUUAGUAUCUAUAUUUAUAUAAUUGUGGAAUUAAUAUGUGGCCUACUUAGGUAGACUAUAAGCCACUUGAUAUGAUAAUUUACAAUUAGAGGUAAAUGUUAUACCAUAAGCAUGUUACAAUUUUUAUUCCUCUCUCAUCUGCAUUUAUUUUGGUGAUAACUCAAAUUAACAUGUAAUUUUAAAUGCUAUGCAUUUUAUUGUUGUUAAAACUUUGUACAGUACAGUGACCAACAAUGAAAGUAUUUACCGCUUUUGUAUCAUAGAUAAAUCAAAGUUGGUAAACUUUUAUGUCUGGGCCACUGUACCAGUUGAGCUUACCUCAAAUGAUUAUUGGACGUGUGUACAACACACAAAAUAAAAACAUUGGACUGACAACUGCUACUAUUGCCUAGAAAUGUUACUUGCAGAUAGAUAAUUUGUAUUUCUAGAUAGGUUUAUAUGCUAAAGUAGAAUUUUUCUUAAUUGACAUGGGAGCAGAGUCCUGUGUUUUAGUUGAGAUAAUAAAUUUAGGCAUUAUUAACUAAUCUAUAUGCUGGUUUGUUUUUUGCCGCCCUAGGGCAUUUAUAUUUGUGUGCGUGUAUGGCAAAGAAGAACUAUCUAUAAAUAAGAGAAGAGAUGGGCAAAUUAAAUGGGGUAUGUGCUAAAAAGAUUUCUCUUGUAAAUCUCCACUAUUAUAUACGUGUAACAUGUAAAAGAAAGAAUAGGACCGGUCUAUCUUUUCCCAUGGAUGUCGUAAAAGGCGACCAAGGGAUUGGCUUAUAAACUUAGGAUUCUUUAUUUAGGCGAUGGGCUAGCAACCUGUCACUUAAAUCUCAGUUCUAUCACAAAGCCAAACUGCUGAACUUGGCCUAUCAAUCUCUUCAACAUUGUUGGCUCUGUUUAUCCCGCAAGGGAUAUAGGCGUGACUAUAUGUAUGUAAAAUUUUUGUAGAGUUUAAUCAAAUUUUCAUUGAGUUUAAUCAAUGGUUUCGGUAAAAAUCAGUUAAUUGAAAAAGUACUAUUGUAAAAUGCACGAAUUGAAGUGAGCAAAUAAUAAUUACAUUACAAUGACAAAGCACGAGAUGGAAGUUAAUUGAAAAUAGCGUUGCAUUAUUUUCAAUUAACUUCUAACUCUUCCACCUAUAUAAAACCACCGUUUCACGCAAAAUAAUAGAAAUUGAAUUAUAGACGUGUUUUGCAAUAAGCAGUAAAAUAUAGUUGUACUUUUGAUAUCUUUCACUUACUUUACUGAGCCCACGUGGGUUAUUGGUAAAAAAAAAAUAUGAUUAAGAUCGCGCAGAUAUCAUUACUUAAGUUAAUCUAUUUAGAUUUAUUAGUUUUUAAGCUUUAUAAUGGUGCCACAAAUUAGAUAAUGUAAUAGAUCUGAAACAGGAUUUACUAAAUAGGUAUCUACUUAAUUUUACAAUAUGAAUUUAAUUCGUGCGACAUAUGUAUGGCAGAAAUAUCUUUUUUUUUAAUAUCCUCAUAGCCGUACUGGUAUGAAGAACUAUACGAGGGAACGGCGAGAUCCUAAAUUUUGUAUUUGUAUACAUCUUUCCUUAAGGUGAUCAAAGAUAUUCAUGAAUGUAGUUGGAAAUUGUAUGAAUUUGGAUAUUUAAAAUGUUACUGUUCUUUAUUUAGUUAUUUAAGACAAUAAUAUAGUUUUUUUUACUAAG